AGUUCGAUUUGAGCUUCUGACUGAACAACUCGUUCAUCCUUUUAUUUUAUCUCAUUCUUUGUUAUUCUGUUAAGGAAAUUCAAACUGUUUUCGAAAUGUCGAGAAAUCUUUUUCAUGUAACUUUUUUCAUUCUUCUAAUAAAUUUGUGCACACCAGCGUUACCACCACAAAUAAAAGUUUGCGAAGAGAAAUCACCGAGACUUGCUGAAUGUUUGAAAAAUUCAAUCGAAUCGUUGAGGCCUUUGUUGAAAACUGGCAAAAUCGCGCCAGGAUUUGUUAUUGACGGUCUUGAUCCUUUUCUUCUUGGAGACAUAUCCUUCAGUCAAGGAUUCGAAGUGUCACUUUUCAAUGUUAAAGUUUUCGGUGCUUCCAACCUUAAGAUUGAGAAAAUUCGGAUAAACACUGAGUCGUUCAAGAUUGAAUUGGUUGCCUUCAUGCCGAAAAUUACAACUGAAUCAUUUUACGCUAUGAGAUGGAAGAUAUCAUUGCUUGAUAUUAAAGGACAGGGAAAUGCUUACACUAUUUUGGAAAAUGUAAAAAUUGUUUUAAAACUCACUGGUACUGAUUAUCAACGACAAGGUGCAACUUAUUUGAAAAUCGACAAUGUUCAAUUGAAAAUUCAACCCCAAUCCAUAAAACUAAGGUUCGAUAAUUUGUUUAAUGGAAAUAAAGCUUUGGAAGAUGUUGGCAAUGAAGUCAUCAAUCAAAAUGUUCAUCUUCUUUCGGCAAAUAUGUUGCCUCUUGUUGAACAAGCUAUUGGUGCCAGAAUCUUUAAAGUUGCUAAUCAAGUUUUUGAAAAAGCUCCACGAUCUGAAUUUUUUCCUUAAAUGCACUUAAGCAAACUUUGUCACUUUUAUGUAAAUUUAUUCAUCUGAAGAUUAAACAUUUCUAUGCUUCAUUAAAUUAUAAGUUAAUAACAAAGAAAAUUUGAAUAUUAUAUUUUUUAUUGUGCAAUUUAUUUUUAAGUUAUUAUCACGUCGAUUGGAAUAAAUUUUAUGACGUUUAACGAUUGUCUGAUGUAUAGUCUGGAAAAUAAAUAGUUCAUGAUAAAGAUUUCCUUCAAAGUUUUGUGUUGAAACUUCGUUGGAAAUAUCACACUCGUGAAGCUUAAAUCUUCUUAUUAAACAUUAAAACUUUAUUUGAGCUCAUUUGAGGGAAAAGCUUCAUUAUAAAAUUAAGAAUGAAAGUUUCACCUUUUCAUUUUGUAACAAUAUUUUAAUUAUAUAUGUCUAGAACUUUUAAUUAAUGUUUCCAUAACAUUUGAUUUAACAUGAAAAACAAGGUGGAGAGUGUUGGAAAUCUAAGUAAAUUGCUACUGUCAUGUGACUUUCCACACAUUGCAAUGAUAACAAAAAGUGUAUAAAAAUCUUCCCGAAAUUAAUAAAGAAUUCAAUUCAACAUCGAAAUUUAAAGUGAGAAGUGAAGAGUGAAGAAAAAUAUUUUGACAUGGAAAGAAUCUAUAAAUUGUGAGUGAUUUUUAUAAUAAAUAAUCUCAUACCUGUCUGGAUUUAUCUUAUUUGGCUUUUAACUUUAUAACUUGAUUUAUUUGUAUAGAUUUGUUGGUCCAAUAAAUCCAAAGAA